UGAAAAGCGUAAAACAUAUACGGCAAAUAGCGCGUGUGAGCGAAUGAGAAAUAUCACACAAGGAUUACAAAAAACACAGUUUAUUAGACCGUAUUCAUGUAUGCGUUUUAUUUACAUUUAUUAUAAAAGGUAUUUGCAAAAUAAACGUCUCGUUAUAAAAAGCUGUCGUAAUGGGUCCGUUGUUAUAUUUAGGUGGGUUGGUUGUUUUGCUUUUAGUAUGGGUAAAAAUAAAGGGCUUGGAGUACGUGAUGAUACACCAGAGAUGGAUCUUCGUUUGCCUCUUUCUCCUCCCCUUAUCUGUCAUUUUUGAUGUAUACUAUUACCUGCGCGCGUGGAUCAUUUUUAAGAUGUGCUCAGCUCCCAAGCAGCACGAGCAACGAGUCAGAGACAUUCAGAGACAGGUGCGAGAAUGGAAAAAAGAAGGAGGAAAGAAACACAUGUGUACAGGUCGUCCUGGAUGGCUGACUGUGUCCCUCAGGGUGGGAAAAUACAAGAAGACACACAAAAACAUCAUGAUUAACAUGAUGGACAUCCUGGAGGUCGACACAAAACGACAGGUGGUACGUGUGGAACCUUUAGCUAACAUGGGUCAGGUGACUGCUCUACUGAACUCUAUUGGCUGGACACUGCCUGUGUUGCCUGAGCUUGAUGACCUCACUGUUGGUGGGCUGGUUAUGGGUACAGGCAUUGAGUCUUCAUCACAUAUCUAUGGUCUAUUUCAGCACAUUUGUGUUGCCUAUGAGUUGGUGUUGGCUGAUGGUAGUCUGGUUCGUUGCACAGAGAAAGAAAACUCUGACUUGUUCUAUGCGGUUCCUUGGUCCUGCGGUACCCUUGGAUUCCUGGUGGCGGCGGAGAUCCGUAUAAUUCCAGCACGGAAAUGGGUAAAGCUAUGCUAUGAGCCCGUUCGUGGCUUGGAUGCUAUUUGUGAGAAGUUUGCAAAAGAAUCAGCCAAUAAGAACAACCAGUUUGUAGAAGGACUACAGUUCUCUCGGGACGAGGCCGUGAUUAUGACCGGCAUCAUGACAGACAAUGCCGAGCCUGGGAUGACGAACCGUUUAGGGAACUAUUACAAACCCUGGUUCUUUCGACAUGUGGAGGGUUUUCUCAAGGAGAACCGUGUUGUGGUGGAGUACAUUCCACUUAGACACUACUAUCACAGACACACCCGCAGUAUCUUCUGGGAAUUACAGGAUAUCAUUCCAUUCGGGAACAAUCCCUUGUUCCGGUACGUGUUCGGCUGGAUGGUUCCUCCUAAGAUCUCUCUUCUGAAGCUCACUCAAGGAGAGACCAUCCGCAAACUCUACGAGCAGCACCAUGUGGUUCAGGACAUGCUGGUCCCCAUGAAACACAUCAAGAGCUCCAUCCUGCGCUUCCAUGAGGACAUACAGGUGUAUCCUCUGUGGCUGUGUCCCUUCAUGCUGCCCAGCCAUCCAGGAAUGGUGCAUCCUAAAGGAGACAAAGAUGAAUUGUAUGUUGAUAUUGGAGCAUAUGGGGAGCCCAAAGUUAAGCACUUUGAGGCCACAGCAUCCACACGCCAGCUGGAGAAGUUUGUCAGAGACGUUCAUGGAUUCCAGAUGUUGUAUGCUGAUGUUUACAUGGAACGACAUGAAUUCUGGGAGAUGUUCGAUGGCACAUUGUAUCAUAAACUCAGAAAGCAACUUGACUGUAAUGAUGCAUUUCCUGAAGUCUAUAACAAAAUUUGCAAGUCAGCACGACACUGAAUUUGUCUCUACUUGAAACGUGACCUUUUUUAAAGUAGGAUAGACAAUUGCCAAAAAAAGAAAUUCUUUCAUGUCCCACCAUGCCGAUAUUUUUGUAGGUUAAACAAAAAUAAGAGCCCAUAUUUUUUAUGUGUUUUACGCAUGGGUAACACAUUAAAUGUUUCAUUAAUAAAUAUUUCACAAAAAUAUAUACACUAAUGCCUAAAAUAUCAGUAUAUUUUGUACAUUCAAAUUUGAUAGAUCUGGUUUCAUGACAUUUGUUACUAUUUCAAUGAUCUGUUAAGCAUUAUAUAUUAAAUGAUAUAUAUUGUAUAUAAUGUUUGUUACUUAAUAUGAAUUCAAAUAUGAAUUGUUCUAAUAUUUUUAAAUACACAGCAUUCUUCUUUUAACAAGAAAUGAAGCUCUAUUUUCCAACAUAUGAAUGUUGCCUACCUCGCAAUGCAUAUUGAUAUAUGUUUGUGGUAUGUUCAAGGGAUAUUUUGUCUAUUUAACGCGUACAUUGAAACACCUCUACUCAGCCUGGGAUGAAUGUAAUCACCAAUCAUUUGACUUCUAAACCAUAGUUAUGUUUUUUGAAGUUUGUACUGGACUUGUGUUAUGUUGGAUUAGCCAUUGUAGGUUUCAGAACAGUAUUUAGAUCUAUAAACUAAACAUAAAACUUUUAUAUGGGUUGUAAACUAUUGUAACCAAAUAUGCCUUACAUUGACUUAAUACAUAGUGCACUGCACUUAUAAAGCUUAUGAGUGAAUCUUGUUUUUGCCUUUUAAAAGUCUGCUGUUUUCAUGUCAGAGAGCAUCUGAUUGGAUAAUAAUAGUGCAGGAUGAGUCGUCAAUAAUUUUGGUCUAUUUUCCAGAAAGAAAUUAAAUUCUGUUAACAUUUAGGAUACGUUCUCAAAGCUAAGAUAUUGACUAAAAACCACAAAACUAAUUUUGAUUUUAUAAAAUUUUUGUGAUUAUGUGUGACAAAAAUAAAACAACUCUAAUUGUU